AUGGCGGUUGCGCUCAUGCGACGCCGGCGACAACAACACGAACCCGACGAUGCGUUUCACAUGACGGAUGAUGAAUUUCAGCGGCAUGUUCGACUCUUGACGGAAACUGUGCGAUGGUUGUUUGGUGAACUGGCCGAAGAACUGGAAGGGCUGCGAGCGACGCGGCUCUCAUUGGAACAAAAGGUGUUGUGUGCGCUGCGUUUCUUUGCGACCGGGAGCUUUCAAGGUUCCGUCGGGAGCGAGACGAUGAUUCACAUUGCGCAGUCGACUGUGCGUGACUGCAUCAAACGCGUCGCUCAAGCUAUAGUGAAAGUGAGCGCGCGAAAUGGGUGGGUGCGCUUCCCGACGACGACCGAAGAAAAGGAGGCCGUGAAAGAAGGCUUCCUUCGGCACGGCGCCAUUCCCGGAGUGAUCGGCUGCAUUGACAGCACCCUCAUCAGCAUCAAGGCGCCCAAGGGACCCCGCAAGGCUUCUUUCAUGUACAGGAAGCACUUUUACGCCCCCAACGUUAUGAUCAUCUGCGAUGCGGCGAUGCGGAUCCUGGCCGUCGACCCUAUGCGACCGGGGUUAGGCCACGACUCGUUCAUCAGGCAAACGACCUGGCUGCGCCGACGGUUCGUGACGGGGCGCAUUGCAGAGCCAUGCGAAUACCUGCUUGGUGACAGUAGCUACUCAUUGGAGCCGUGGCACCUUGUCCCGGUCUCUGGCCGUCCUUCCGAGCACAGUGCCGAAGGCAGGUUCAACACUGAGCACAUCACCAUGCGCUCCAUUGUGGAGCGGUGCAUAGGCAUGCCUAAAACCCCCUUCCGGUGCUGCAGCAUUACCGCACCGUCCACCACGAGCCAGAGCCAGCAGCAGCAGCAGCAGCAGCAGCACAGCAGCGAAGAUUCUAACGGGCCCCCAUUCCACAGGGUUUGA